AGGGGUGGGGAGAGGAGAGCCGUGGAGCCCUCAGGCGGAAGGAAAGCGGCCUCAUCGCCUUUAAAUGGAAUUGCUUGUCAUCUGAGCAUGCUCCUGAGCGGGCCAGCGAGGGGUAUAAAAGGGCUGGGACGCAGCAAGGAGCGCUCAAGCAAAGAGCCGACGCCAGCCAGUGGGAGUGUUGGAGGAGCCUCGCAGGCGCUGCGCUCCUUUCUCGGCGGAGUCCUCGGCGCCUUUCCCGCGCAAUUUCGCUCCUUCCCCGGGGAGGAAUACUUGAAGCAGGCACGGAGCGGAGCCAGAGUCACCUCAGGGGCAGCAGCCACAACCGGCAGGUGCCAGACGCGAGCGGGAGUUUCGUGCUUCGACCCUGCGCGGAAGGGGGAAUUGAAGGCAGCAGGAUGGCAGCCGCCACCGCCAAGCCCGCCGAGUUAAUGGGCAUCUGCUCGAGCUACCAGGCGGUGAUGCCGCACUUCUUGUGCAUCGCCGAGGAAUUCCCUCAGCCGAUCCGGCCCGCCAAGCUGGCCAAAGGCAAGUUGCGCAGACCCCGCCAGUCCCGCUUCAAGACGCAGCCGGUGACCUUCGACGAGAUCCAAGAGGUGGAGGAGGAAGGGGUCUCCCCCAUGGAGGAGGAGAAAGCCAAGAAGUCUUUCCUGCAGUCCCUCGAGUGCCUCCGCCGCAGCACCCAGAACCUCAGCUUGCAGAAGGAGAAGAAGCUGAGCAGCUGCAGCCGCCUGAGGAACAGCCUGGACUCCAGCGACUCCGACUCUGCUCUCUGAAGAUGGAGCUGCGCCUCGGCUGGGCUCGGGCGCGCCUCACCCACCACAGGGCAGAAACGGAUCUGCCGCCUGGACUGUACUCGCCCCACCGCACCGCCCCCCCCCCCCGGCUCUCUGCUUCAUACUGAAGUUGGCGAAGGGAACUCUGUGGAAGGGCAUCAAAAAAAAAAAAAAAAAAAAAAAUGGGGUGGGGGAGGGACAGUUUAUGAAAAGACUUGAUUACAAAUAAACGUUCGUUCGGCUUUCCCUCCUCGCACAAUUAGCCUUUGGGCGCUCGGGUUUAUUUUGUAUGAUAAAUCGAAACCCUUGCAAGGACUUGACAGGAUGGGAUCCCAUUCUCUCCUCCACUUAUUAUUUUCUUUCUUUAUCAAUAAGAACCAGUAUGAAUGUGGUAGAUGCUAAGAGCAGUCUGCAAAUGUGUGCAGUCGGCAGAGAGAAAUAUUUUGUUAGGGGAAAGUGCUUGUACGUUUCUAUCUUGGCUGUUUGAGGUUUUUUUUUCUUCACAACAUGAAGAAAAUUUAACAAUUGUACAUCUUUUUCUAAACGUUGAAGGGGAAAAUGAAGUUUUAUGAAUGCAAUCAGCUGCUGGACUUUAUAUUUAUUUUUGCAUUUAAACUCUAGACUGCAUUAAUUUAAUACGUUUCUACCCAAAUGCCUGUAAUUAUUUCCGCAAAAGAGAAAUAAAGCUGUUAUAUUUGCACAAUG